GUGGAACCCAAUGAACUGUCUGCAGCAUUGCUGAAAGGAUCAGCCAUUUUGCUUAUGGAAAACAGUGUGACAUAUUAUGCUGUGCUUUACCAUGGAAUAAACAAAAAAUCUAUUCAGAGGAAACAGAGGAGAAGAUGAGGGAAUAAUUACUAUAGCUGAGAAUGCCUACACGCUGCCAUCUUGACAAGCUGGUGACGGCUCAUUCCCAUUAGCUGAUCAGGGAAGGUGGAAUGCAGAGUGAUAAUGCUGCAUAUCUGCUGUCAGGCUGGGGAGUAGGUUUUUUGUCUUGUAAAGGCAAGGUUUCACUGCAAUGUUAUCUCAACCACUCGCGAGCUGCUCCGAGUGAAAGCUGGUGACCCAAAAGAAGGGUGUUGCCCUCUCCCAACAUUGUUCUUGUGCUCUGCUGUUUAAUAUGAGCAAGCACCACUGUAGAAGCAGGUGUGCGAUUCAGAUAGGCUCUGUAUUGUCGGCUGUACAAACCGCCCUCUCAGGUUUACAUGCUUCUCAUUAACAGAUUGUUGGCUUAGGAGCUUCUGCUUCUGGACUUAGACCAAGAGGCUGCUGUACAUCUCUGCUUGUGUGAAAGAGACUCUUGGAUUUGGCUUAAAUUUAAGCCCUAGGAGUGUAAACCCUUCACAAAGGGCUAAAUAAACAAGAGCUCUACGUACAAGGGCACAAGCACUUACUUCCUCUGUACUUGAAAAACAGCCGAACUCGUCCGUCUGGUUCUGCACUGAGCACAGCUUGGCUGGACUUGAAGAUCGAAGCUACUGACUGAAGUGCUUAAGGAACAGUGGAGGCCCAAGUUAACAGAUCAAAAAAUAACUUCUAUGUGCUGUUGGAACUUCACCUUUAUAUGGAAAACUGAAGACUUUUGUAGCAAAACCUCCAGUGUCAAAAUGAAUACAGAUAGCGGUGGGUGUGCUCGCAAACGUGCUGCAAUGUCUGUCACAUUAACAGCUGUGAAGAGGGUUCAAAGUUCUCCAAACCUAUUGGCUGCAGGGCCUGAUUCUCAGUCUCCAGAUUCAGCUUGGAGAUCUUAUAAUGAUGGUAGUAGAGAGACAUUGAAUGGAGACGCUAGCAGUUCAUCUCUUGCAGCAAAAGGCUUUAGAAGUGUCCGGCCAAACCUACAAGAGAAGAAAUCACCAACUCAGGCCCAGAUAACAGUGAAUGGGAACUCUGGCACUGCUGCCAGUCCAGUGAGUCAUUUUCAAAGGCCUUUUUCCCCUUCUUCAGCUUACCCUCCAUCAGCUUCACUCAAUUCAAACAUUGUUAUCAUGCAGCAUGGCAGGAUGAUGGAAUCCACAGAGACAUACUCACAGCAUGCUCAGGCUGUUGGCAGCAGCACCACCACCAGUACAAUACCAAUCUGUAGAUCUUCAGAGGAAGAGAAGAAAGUCACAGUGAUUAAAGCACCACAUUAUGCAGGGAUUGGCCCGGUAGAUGAAUCUGGAAUCCCAACAGCAAUUAGAACGACAGUUGACAGGCCAAAGGAUUGGUAUAAGACCAUGUUCAAGCAAAUCCAUAUGGUUCACAAACCUGAUGAUGACACAGACAUAUAUCACACUCCAUAUGCAUAUAAUACUGGCAGUUACAGCCCAUCCCUCCCUGCACAAGCACACCCAGCUGCAAAGACACAGACAUACAGACCAUUGUCCAAAAGCACUUCUGACAAUGGCACUGAUAUCUUUAAGGUUUCAUCUACUAUACCUCCUCCACAAAUACCACCUCCAGUGCCACCACAUCGUCCACGAGAUAGGUCAACACCAGAAAAAAAUGACUGGGAUCCUCCAGACAGAAAAGUAGAUACCCGCAAAUUCCGUUCAGAACCAAGGAGUAUUUUUGAAUAUGAGCCAGGAAAGUCAUCAAUUCUUGAACAUGAAAGACCGACCUCCUUAUAUCACUCUUCAACAGACAAAGGCCUGGAGAGACCUUCUAGUUCUGCAAGUACUGCAAGUGACUACAGGAAAAGGAGGAAGUCAGAGCCUGCUGUAAGUCACCAGAGGGCACACAGCGAUCAAAAUGCAAACAGGCCUAGUUUAGGUCGGGCAGAUGCACAAGGCUUGUACAACACCCUCAGAAAGCCUUUCACUAGCUCUUCUCCUUCUUCUCCAUCAAAAGCAAAAGGUGGGGAUAUUAGCAGAGUACAUCCAUCCCUUUUCAGUUAUUCAAUGCACAACCACAAUGCCUCAAAUGAGUUAGAUUACUGUAGCACUUACCAACAGCAUUUAGCUGUUCCAAGUGAUUCAAGAAGGGCAGUCAGCUACAAAAAUGGCUGGCAAAUGACUCGUCAGAAUGCAGAAGUCUGGAGCAGCACAGAAGAAACUGCCUCUCCCAAGCGGAAAUCUCGUAGCUGCGAUGAUCUGCUAACAGAUGAUCAUGACAACUUUGCUGAUGCACAAGCCAAGUCUGAAAGCAUGGGUUCUCUGUUAUGUGAGGAGGAUUCCAAGGACACUUGCUCCAUGGUCUGGGCCUCCCCCUAUGUUCCUGACAGCCGCAGUAAUGGUAGGUCAAGGGUUCGUCAUAGAUCAGCCCAUGAUGCCCCAGGAUUCCUAAAACUGUACAAAAAAAUGCAUCGUAUCAAUCGCAAAGAUUUAAUGAACUCUGAGGUGAUUUGUUCUGUAAAGUCCAGAAUAUUACAAUAUGAGAAAGAACAGCACAAAGGCAUGCUUCAAGGUUGGAGAGAAUCUUCUACUGAAGAGGUCCCCAGGGACAUGGUUCCUACCAGGAUAUCUGAAUUUGAAAAAUUAAUUCAGAAGUCAAAAUCAAUGCCGAAUCUAGGCGAUGAAACAUUAUCAACAAUAACACUUGAGCCUCCUAAAAAUGGCUUAUGUCCAAAGAGGCGAUUUUCUAUUGAAUCCUUGCUGGAAGAGGAAAAUCAAGGUAGACAUCCCACUCAGGUACAACGACACUGCAAGCCUAAAACUCUGGUGCCAAUUCAUAUUGAAGUGACCACUGAUGAACCACAAAGAUCUCACAUGGAUUUUUCAGACAGCGACCAAGAUGGAGUGGUCUCUGACCUCAGUGACUUUAUCCAGAUAGAAGGUUCUUCCUUUUGUAGUGAAAGUGACUUUGAUCACUUUUCCUUCACCUCCUCUGAGAGUUUUUAUGGUUCAGGUCAUCACCACCAUCACCACCACCACCAUCACCACCACCACAGACAUCUCAUCAGUUCCUGCAAGGGUAGAUGCCCAGCAUCCUAUACCCGCUUCACCACCAUGCUAAAGCAUGAAAGGGCUAAACAGGAAAGUACUGAAGAUCCAAGGAGACAAGAAGCAGAAUCUGGUCUCUCUAAGAUAGCAUUCCUAGUCAGUCCAGUGCCUUUCCGAAGGAAAAAAAGUGCAACCCCUAAAAAACAGACUGAAAAGACUAAAAGCAAGUCAUCUGUGUUUGAAGCAUUAGACUCUGCUCUCAAAGAUAUCUGCGACCAAAUUAAAGCAGAAAAGAGAAGAGGAAGCUUGCCUGACAACAGUAUAUUGCAUAGACUUAUUACAGAGUUACUCCCAGACAUUCCAGAAAGGAAUUCAUCUCUGAAAGCUGUUAGAAAGAAUCCCAUGCAACAGCCUUUUCAUCCACUGCCUCAAGAUGGUGCUAUUCAUUGUCCAUUGUACCAGAACGAUUGUGGAAGAUUACCUCUUAGUGCCUCUUUCCAAGACAUGGAUACAACCAACAACAACCACCAAGACAAUGAUAGUGCACUGUUAGACCAGGAGUCCUCUGGAAGUUAUUCUUCUGCUUUCACUGAUGUGGGUCGAAGUACUCCACGGGAGAGAAGAGGAACUCCGGACAGAGAGAAACUGCCAGCUAGAGCUGUAUAUGACUUUAAGGCUCAGACCUCUAAGGAGCUGUCCUUUAAGAAAGGAGAUACUGUUUAUAUCCUCAGGAAAAUUGAUCAAAACUGGUAUGAAGGAGAGCAUCAUGGAAGAGUUGGAAUUUUCCCAAUUUCUUAUGUUGAGAAACUUUCACCCCCAGAAAAAGCACAGCCUGCCAGGCCACCUCCCCCAGCACAGAUUGGAGAGAUUGGAGAAGCUGUUGCCAAAUAUAAUUUCAGUGCGGACACAAAUGUGGAGCUAUCACUCAGAAAGGGAGACAGAGUAAUUCUUCUUAAACGAGUUGAUCAAAACUGGUAUGAAGGUAAAAUACCAGGAACCAACAGACAAGGCAUCUUCCCUGUUUCCUAUGUAGAAGUCAUCAAAAAGAAUGCCUUGAAAGGUGUUGAUGACUACCCUGAUCCUCCAAUACCCCAAAGCUAUUCUAGUGACAGAGUACACCAUUUAAGUUCAACUAAGCCACAGCGCCCUGUGUUUACUCAUGAAAACAUACACAGUGGGGGGGAACCGUUUCAGGCUCUGUAUAACUAUACUCCUAGGAAUGAAGAUGAAUUGGAGCUCAGAGAGGGAGAUAUCAUUGAUGUGAUGGAAAAGUGUGAUGAUGGAUGGUUUGUGGGAACCUCAAGAAGAACCAAAUUCUUUGGUACUUUCCCUGGAAAUUAUGUCAAGAGGCUGUGAAUUUUUUUUUUCCAAUUAUUUAUGCUGCAUCUCUGCAACACAUCUGCAUAAAGCUGCUAGAAAACAUGCUACACAGGCCUUCUGUUUUCUCGCUUUGCAGCCUCAAAUUGAAGUCAUCUAGGUCACCAUCAUCAUCCUCCAUGCUCAUCUGCCAAACUGCUCCAGCAGUAUUACAGCAACGACUACAGUGUGAAUAACUAAGCUUUUAUGAAACAAGAGGAAUCGUUCCAACAUUUGAGUACUUUCUCCUGCUUUAAACUUUUUUUUUCCCUAUUUGAAAUAUGAGAAUAGGAACCUUUGAUGGAAGGUACACAGGUGAAUUUCCAUGGAAAAACAUGUCUUGCCUGGUUCUUAGCAUUUGUGAUACUAUCACACAAUGCUGCAGAAAAGAAAAAUGUAAUUCUCAGCUUCCACCUGCUACAAAGAGAGAGUUGCUAUUUACUAUUUAAAGAAAAAGUUGUUUGAGUUUCCACAUUCUUUUUGGCUUGGGCAGCCAAUAUGUUGCUUUCACUUUGCCGUAUCACAAGUUUGCCUAUUGUACUGGUUUACGAUAUAUAAUAAUUAUAAUAUAGAUUGUUUGCUUGCACUUAUAUGUUGUAACAUAUGCACAGUGACUGUAAAAUCUCAAGCAGUAGUUAAAAAUGGGAGAACUGCAAGUGUGUUGGAUGGGUGCAAUUUUACUGGUUAAAAUUUAAUUUUUUCCAAAUAAGCUAUAGUGUUUUUCUGUUAAAAAUAAAGUACAAGAGGCAUGAAAUCUUGAGUUUGUGGAUAACAGUGAGACAUAAAGACUGAUAACAACAAACUAUUAGUGUCUGAUAUUACAUGACUAUAUCAAAAUACAUUGCAAUAUUCAGCAACAGGACAUGACAUUUGAGGGAUUGGUGUUUUAUGUAUCAGAUGAAUUUUAAAGAAACAAAAACAAGCAGUAUUAGUGCAAGGUUUUUAUUCUAACAUAGCCACCUGAGAAAAAUAUUCACAUAAAAUAUCUACCAGUAUCAUGUAUUGAUUUUCUUUCGCAUCAUAUAUGUGUAUAGUUUAAGAAAACCCGAGUUGCACCUUUUUAUUUAGAAACAUAGUACUGCAAAAAAAAGCACCGGUAUUAAAACCGAUACAUUUUAGGUUUUUUUCCUGUAUAAAACAAGUAUUUGAACACAUUCAUUUCUUUAUGCAAAGGUAAGCAUAAGUAGUGUAUGAAAUUAAAAAGACACAGGAUGAUAAUGACUAUGGCUUUAUACAAAACAAUUCAGAUUUGGUUUCUUCAGCACCUUAUAGAUGGCAAAAGCUUUUAUUGCAUUUCUCUUGUGGUAAAGGACUGAUUUUAUCACAAUGUAUGUAGUCUUUGUAGCAUUUUGUACAUAUGUUUGCUUUUUUUGUACAGAGCCAUUUUGUUGUUGAUUUAAAAAAAAAAAUCAAGUUCCUCAUUUGACCAUUGCCCUCUUAAUAUAUGGAACAUCUCCAAUGCAUUUUUGUCUACUUGACCCACUUACCAUAAGCACAUCUGGAUAGUGCAAUUCUGUAAAAUAGCAUUUUAUGCAAAAUUUUAUUAAUUAAAAUUAUGGGUUUACCAGCCAAAUUUAAAAUGUAUAUACAUCUUUAUUACUGAGAAAUGUCAUCAAGACAAAGGUAAAGAAACAUCUUUGUGCAGCAUACCUUUAUUACUGCAGAUUUCAUGGCAAAAGCUUUAUAUUUCAAAGGCUUUCAAUUUUAAUCUAGAUCUGCAUGCAGCUUUGCUGUGAGAUUAAUACCUAACUUUGAUGCCAUUUAUGAUUGAAAACAAAUAGCUGUUGCGUGUGAUAUUUAAAAAGUACUGUUUCUACUCUGUAUCCGAUUUAAAAAAAAAUACAAAAGUUUUUCAUGCCUGGCUUUCAGGUAAUUGACUUUGAAUUCUUAAAAGCAAAGGGUCUCUGUGUUUUUUCCUUGAAUAGACUUCUAAUAAAUUUUGCUUGGAGUACA